AUGAACGAGCUCAACCCAGACAUUUAUACGGUCGCAUGGAUAGCGCCGCUCGAAAUCGAGGCACAGGCUGCCCUCCAUAUGUUGGACAAUCAUCACCGUGGGCGAUUCGCGUUGAAUAGGGGUGACGACUAUGUGUUCCGCGCUGGUGAUCUUGGUGGACAUAAUACCAUCAUUGCUACUCUCCCGGCAGGCCAGGAGUAUGGUACCGGAUCUGCUGCUGCACUUGCCAGCCAGGUGAAGAAAUUCUUUCCAAAUCUCUGGUUUGGAUUGCUAGUUGGCGUUGCUGCUGGUCUCCCGAGUCUGUCACGACACCCGCCUCGUGAUAUCCGACUUGGUGAUGUCCUCGUAGGACUUCCGGAGGGUAACAGCGCUGGCCUUAUAGCCUACGACUUGGGCAAAGAUACGGGAGCUGGUGGCUUCCAACUGCUACGUGAUGGACACGUCUUGGCAAAUACCGAGACUGUUGUCCGAUCGGCGAUCCAGAAUAUCAAACUGAUGGCGCCUCAGGAUGUCGACACAUUUAAAUCAUAUUACGAGACCAUUCGGUGUAAGCAGCACGCCAAUGGGGAUUUCAACGAUCCUGGCCAGGACCAUGACCACCUAUAUCAAAUGGACGAUAAAGGAGUGAGCCAUAUCGUUCAGCGAGAACGGCGUCCUGAUUCAGCGCGAACCCGAGUUUGGUACGGACCGAUCGGAUCUGGGGAGAAACUUAUGAAGAAUACUCGGAGGCGAAAUGAAUUGAGAGACAAGUAUAGUAUCAUCGGGUUGGAAAUGGAAGCCGCUGGAACAAUGAAUCGUAUACCUGUUGGUGUGAUUCGAGGGGUUUGUGACUAUGGGGAUGAACACAAGAAUAAAGGGUGGCAGUCUUAUGCAGCGGCAAUGGCUGCCGCCUAUGCCAAAGCGAUUUUAUAUGAGAUUAGACCCAAAGCCUCGGCCCCGGCUUACGUGAAGCGUGAAACCGAUGAUCAAGGAAUUCAGUCAAGAUUACCAGUUCGCACAACCUUCCUUGGGCGAGAAGAGGAAAUGUCUCAAAUGAAGCAAUGUUUUGGCUCUGACUUGUGUAGAAAGUCUUUGGUACUCUGGGGUCUGAGUGGGUCUGGGAAGACACAGCUCGCCAUUCACUAUGUCAGUACUAACAAACAGACUUACAAGUCUGUGCUGUGGAUCGACGGAUCAACUUCUGCUUUGAUUCAUCAAUCCUUCGAGAACCUCUCACAUCAUAUUUCAGGUUACAAUCGAGAGAGACCAGCUACUGAGCAAGUCAUCGAGUGGUUGGAGAGGGAAACGAAUCGUUCCUGGAUGAUUGUUUUCGACGGUGUCCCAGGAGCUUACGAUGUCGAUGACCCCGAGAACUUCGAUAUUCGGAAAUAUCUACCUACUUGUGAUCAUGGUCAUAUCUUGCUGGUGACAACAGCGUCAGAUCUACACCUUCGUUUAGCACUUCCCGAGAUCCACUUGGAAGGCGUCGAUGACAUUACGGGCUGUUCUAUCCUUCUCAGAUGCGCGGGAGUUCAAGCACCCGAUGAUUCUGGGAAAGCGACAGCACGGUCAAUCUCUCACAAGUUAGGAGGUCUCCCCUCGCUCUUGAACAAGCUGGCACUUUGUUAUCCUACGGUGUCAUUCGGAUGGAUGAUUUCAAUAAGCAGUUUCAACAGCGCUUUUCUAAUAAGACGCUCAAAACUCCCAUGA